GAGCUACAGAAUAGUGUCAGAGACUUACAAGCGGCUUGUACAGACUUUGGAAUGACCAUUAGCAGUUCAAAAACCCAGGUUAUGCACGUGGAAAAAACUCGUAAAACUGUUCAGUGUGAAUUGAAUGGAAAUUUGCUUGAAAAAGUAUCACAAUUCAAGUACUUGGGUUGCAUCUUCUCUGAAGAUGGCAAGUUUGACAAAGAGUUUGAACAACGUAGAAUGAAUGGAAAUAAGGUAGUAGCACAGCUUAGAUCACACGUUUUCAAUAAACGUGAGUUGAGUAAGGAGACGAAAUUGUUGAUUCAUCAGUCAAUCUUCAGACCUACUAUCCUUUACGGAAGUGAGAGCUGGGUCGAUUCUCAAAAUUUAAUCCAUGGAUUGGAAUUGGCUGAUAUGAAAGUUUUACCGGAAGUUGCCGAAUCAGCUUUUGCCGAAUCAGCUGUUGCUGAAUCAGCUGUUGCCGAACCAUGA